AUGGACCCUACGGAAUGCCAGCAGUACCUCGAGCAUUACGGCUACCUGCCCUGUGGCUGUGAUGAGGCCGACCGACCGGAAGCGGAAGUGAAGACGGCUCUCGCCAAAUUCCAGAAAGCUGCAGAUGUUCCAGAAACAGGUGAGGUUGAUGACGUCACUUGCAGUAAAAUGUCAGAGCGACGCUGUCUCCGGCCUGACCCAGCCGCCCUGACGGAGGCUCCACCCGGCAACACGGACACGCUGGCUACAGGUAUUCGCACUAGAGGCACAACCGUAUGGAGUAAACACAACUUGACGUACAGGAUCAAAGGUUAUACGUCAGACCUGCCACGGGAAGACGUGGAUGACGCUGUCAAACGGGCAUUCAAGCUGUGGUCUGACGUCACGCCGCUGACCUUCAGGAAGGUCAAGAAGAAAGCUGACAUCGAGAUUUCGUUCGAGAAGCACGACCACGGGGACGAGGCUCCGCUGGACGGGCCGGGCGGCACCCUGGCGCACGCAUUCUUCCCCGGGCGGGGGAUCGGCGGAGACCUGCACUUCGACGACGACGAGACAUGGACGGUCCGUUCUUUUGAAGGUACAAACCUGUUUAUCGUGGCUGCGCACGAGCUGGGCCACAGUCUGGGUCUGGACCACUCCAAAGUGAAGGGUGCGCUGAUGUACCCGUGGUACCAGGGCUACACUCCGGACUACAGACUUCACACGGAGGACGUGCGCAGGAUACAGCAGCUAUACGGAACACGGGCAGCGCCGAGGAUUGCAAAAGCGGGUUGUUGCCGGAGAUGUGUUAUACUGUAGCAGCCUAUAGGGGGCGCUAACUUUGGCCAUUCACAAACUUCCUGUCCGUUUUUAAAAAGUGUACAGUACACUCUCUCCAAAGCACAACUCCUUAAAACAGGGUAUAGCUAUAGCUAAUAUUUCCCUAAACGUACAAUAUUGAUAUGUGUGUUUUUGUUGUUAUCGUGCCAUGAAAAUAUUUGUGGCCAAUUUUCUGAAAAAUGGGUGAUGGUUUAGUAUAGAUGAAAACAAGGAUCUUAGAUUAGUCAUUUAAAGAUACAUUCCCUCAUCGUGGUAAGUGGCUUGAUGAAAUACAUCUGAUAUAUCUCAUACAACUUUUCACUGCCUAACCAAC